AUGAAGGAAUGGAGGACGCUGUUCCAUGUUGCGGUGUUUGCGGCGGUGUUGACCGGAAUGGGAAGCAGCCACGACUACGGGGACGCAUUGUCGAAGGCCAUUAUUUUCUUCGAGGGACAGCGAUCGGGAUUCCUGCCGCAGGAUCAGAGAGUGAGUUGGCGAGGGAACUCCGGUCUCAGUGACGGCUGGAACUACAACACAGAUCUCACUGGCGGCUACUACGACGCCGGUGACAACGUGAAAUUUGGGUUUCCGAUGGCCUUCACCACCACAAUGCUGGCAUGGAGCGUGCUGGAAUUCGGUGACGUCAUGCCUCCCAAUGAGCUCAGGAACUCCCUCCUCGCAAUUCGUUGGGCCACUGAUUAUCUUCUCAAGACUGUUUCUCAGCCAAAUCGGAUUUUCGUUCAGGUGGGUGAUCCAAACUCCGAUCACGGUUGUUGGGAGAGGCCAGAGGACAUGGAUACAGCGAGGACUACAUAUGCUAUUGAUGCACCGAACGCCGCUUCUGAUGUCGCCGGCGAAACGGCCGCCGCACUAGCAGCCUCGUCCAUGGCGUUCCGGUCAUCGGACCCUGGUUAUUCGGAGACAUUGCUUCGAAAUGCUGUUACUGCCUUUGAAUUUGCAGAUAACUACAGGGGUGCUUACAGUGACAAUGAUAAUGUUAAAUAUAAUGCCUGCCCAUAUUACUGUGAUUUUGAUGGCUAUCAGGAUGAGUUGUUAUGGGGAGCCGCAUGGCUAAGGAGGGCGACACAGGACGAUAAUUUCCUGGACUACAUUCAAAGCAAUGGUAAAACUCUUGGUGCCGAUGACAACAUCAAUGAAUUUGGUUGGGACAACAAGCAUGCUGGCCUUAAUGUACUUGUCUCCAAGGAAGUGAUAGAAGGAAAGAUAUACUCUCUUGAGUCCUACAAGUCCUCAGCAGAGAGCUUCAUUUGCACACUGAUACCCGAAUCACCAAGCUCACACAUAGACUACACACCAGGUGGACUUGUGUACAGACCCGGAGGCAGCAACUUGCAACAUGCUACUUCAAUUGCUUUCCUCGAAUUGGUGUAUGCCAAUUACCUAACACACACUUCAGAAGCCAUCACUUGUGGCAAUGUCUAUGUCAGUGCACAAACUCUUCGCCAACAUGCUAAGAGGCAAGUUGAUUACAUUUUGGGUGAUAACCCAAUGGGACUGUCCUACAUGGUUGGCUACAGCAACUACUAUCCUCAACGUAUUCACCACCGUGCCUCUUCUUUACCCUCAAUCAAGGAUCAUCCCCAGUUCAUUGCCUGCAAAGAAGGUUCAAUCUACUACAAUUCAACAAAUCCAAAUCCUAAUGUACUUGUUGGUGCUAUUGUUGGAGGACCUGACGAAAACGAUGAUUAUCUGGAUGAUCGAGCUGAUUUUAGGAAAUCUGAACCAACAACUUACAUUAAUGCCCCAUUUGUUGGGGUGUUAGCAUAUUUUGCUGCAAAUCCCAACUUUAUUAGUUGA